GAAAAUUGUGUUUUGAAAAGGUAAACACAUUCGAAGCCCUUCUGAUUUCUGAACUCUGACUUUUAUGACAUUGUUUUAUGUUUUAUGCUUUGUGUUUUAAUUAACACAGUUUAAAUUUAAACUUCUACUACUUUCAAGAUGCCUAACUGUCCAUCUCAACAACAAGAACGGAUUAAAUUAUGUGUUGUCAACGGGGAAAAUAUCAAAUCAUUACGCCGGUGUAAUCAAGUAAUUUUUCCUGUUGUUUAUAAUGAUAAGUUUUACAAAGAUGUUUUAGCAUCCAAUGAAUUGGCUAGAGUUGUUACUUACGAUGGUCUUGUAGUUGGUGGAGUUUGCUGUCGAAUUGACAACUCAAACAAUCAGAAAAGAGUAUACAUAAUGACGUUAGGGUGUUUACCAUCAUAUCGAAGACUUGGAAUUGGAGCCUUGUUGUUGGAACACGUUUUAAAUUAUGCUCAAGAAAAUGGCUUGGACAGUUUAUACCUUCAUGUUCAAAUCAACAAUGAAAAUGCCUUGGCUUUUUACAAGAAAUUUGGCUUCGAAAUCAUUGACACGAAAGAAAAUUAUUAUAAAAGAAUUGAACCUUCAGCUGCUCACGUAUUACAGAAAGAAAUGAAAAAAAGUUGAGCUCAAUAUGACAACAACGGAAAAAACAAUUUCCCUUUAUUUCCCAUUUAUUUUCACAUGCAUUGGCAAAAACACACAAAUUGAUUUUUCAAAUCACUCACAUGAUUAACUUUGGUUAAUCAAAGUGAUUCUCGACGCAACCAAUUUUCACUAUGGCUUUUUUGGCAUUCCUUCAGGUGGACUUGGUGGGCCUCCUGGACCACUUGGUGGACCGCUUGGUGGACCGCCUGGAGGAGGAGGUGGUGGUGGAGGUCCACCGGCUGGGGGUGGAGGUGGCAUUCCUCCUUCUGUAUCAGGCUUGUCCAUACCAGGAGCAAGAUUCAUUACCCAUCGGUCACCACCAUCUUCAAUUGCAUCGAUUUGAGCGGCAUUAAUGCUGUAAGCUUGAGAUGACUUGAACAGAGCCACGCAAAUAAGGGAAACUGCCAACAAAAGUUUAACGUUCACCAUAAUUAUUAACUUAUUAAAAGAUUUCACAACAAAUUCAACUAAACAAUUCAACUAAUU